CCAGUUACCCAUGCCAAUGUAUCAAUGUCUGCUACAACCUACAUGUCUGUUGCCACAUACACUUGUGAAUCCGGAUAUAACCUAAAUGGAAACAACACCAUACAUUGUAUGAGAAACGGAAAAUGGUCUACGGUGAAUGCGUCGUGUUAUCCUGGUGAUUGUAAAGCUCCGCCAAUUAUCCUACAUGGACACGUCGAUUCGAAUGCUUCAACGUACCUAUCUGUUGCCACAUAUACCUGCGAUCCCGGUUAUAAUAUCGUUGGAAAAGACACCACACAAUGUUUGCAAAACGGAACUUGGUCUUCUAUACAGGCGUCGUGUAAUCUACUCGAUUGCAACGUUCCAUCGACAAUUGACCACGGCAACGUGACCGUGCAGACAACAACCUAUCAUUCUGUCGCCUCCUACACUUGUGACCCCGGAUAUAACAUCAUAGGAAACAGGACAAUACAGUGCAUGAGUAGCGGAAACUGGUCCCGCACACAGGCAACAUGCAAGCCUGUCGGAGUUUUAAUAUGAAGUAUUCAACACUCGCCAGCAGAAGCGCAGUUUUAAGCGGACAUCGCUGACAGUAGAAGGAACAGGGUAUAUUUAGCAGACAGUAUAUUAGUAUACGAUUACUUUUAUAGUUAUUAUGAUUAACAUUUUUAUCAUGGUAAACUUAAAAGUGAAAUUGCAUGUUUAAUUUUGAUUUAAAAUAAAAAUUACUGAAUAAAUAUAUGUCCAAAGACUUGUUUCAGAAUGAUAAAACUUGGUAUUCGUGAUCCCGUACACAGAUUACAGAGGAACCCUUCAUAUAAGCCAUGGUCACGGGUACGCACAUGAUCAUUAGUGGUAGCAACACCAUACAUUGUAUGAAAAACUAGUCCUCCUUGAUGGCAACCUGCAGCGCGGUCGGUAAGAAUAUCAUUAAGUCCUUUUCAUACAUGCUUUCUAUGGAAUUAACCAAUAACCG